CUUUUUCAGAUAGGAACAAAAGAAAAUUAAAAUUGCACGCAACAGUUUGAAAAUUCAAUUUCCUUGAGAAUAACAAAGUAGAUGCAAUGGUUUCAGAAUAAAAAUAUUCAGAUUUGCCUUGAAUUGGCAGAUGAUCCUGCACGUGCAUAAUGAAGAAAUUUUACGCAAUAUUCCUUUUAAUAUGCGUGUCCACUGCUCAACUAUCUAACGAUUGCCACGAUCCUAAUUGGCACUCGUUAGAGACCCUCGAGUCCGCCAAAUUGGAAUGCGGUCAGUUCUUCGAAAAUCGUUGCUACUGUAUGAUGACGUGUUAUGAGAACCAUCACCAAUAUGUUGUCAACUGCACCGACGCGGGAUUCCUUAAUACUGUACCGUUGUUGCAUCUACCAAAUAAAACGCAAGUCCUAAUCUUUACUGGAAAUUUCCUGGAGCAACUGCCUUGGAACGUGUUUGGCAUCCUAGACGACAGUUUACCCGAUCUGCGUGUAAUCGACAUGUCGAGAAAUAAGAUCAAGGAAAUUCGAGGAAAAGCGUACCACCAUGUACACCGCGUCGAGCGUCUUAUUCUUGACUUCAACGAGCUCUCGUUAGAUCCUGGAAGAAGCCAUCCGAGAGUCUUCUCCAAUUUUGUGUCUUUAUUAGAACUUCACUUGACCGAUGCUUUCGAGGACGGUCCACCUAGGGAUCUUGCAGCCACUCUGCAUGAUAUUUUUGUAAAUAGCAAUCUAACGCAGCUCAUGAAGCUCCACCUAGAACAAAACGAGAUAUCAGAAUUCCGAGAUCCUAACGUGUUCUGCGAUCUUCCGAAUAUCUUGGACCUUUACCUGGGCGACAACAUACUGACUGGUAUGCACUUCAACAUAUCCUGCCUUCUCAAGCUGCGUUUCUUGGACCUCCAGCGUAACAACUUCACAAAAGUCCUCGAACGCGACCUUCAUACCAUGGACGCCAUCGUCAAGCGUAAUCAGAGCUUGGCGGUGGACUUCAGUGGGAAUCCGUUCCAGUGUUCCUGCAAGCUGAAUCCCUUCGUUAAAUGGAUGAACAAGACGAGUGUAUUCAUUCGCAAUAAGAACAGCUUGAAGUGUAACGAAGGUAAAACAGCACACGAGAUUCACGAGACGAAAGAUUGCAUGGCAAAGUUGUACUCGUCGGCACCGCGUGGUGCAACCGUUUUAUUAUUUUUCCUCUCGCUGGUGCUGAUAGGACUCGUGUGCGCGCUGAUCUACGUACAACGGAUAAAACUGCAAAAGAAAAUCGAACCGAUAUUAGAUUCGGUCAACAAAAGGGUGCGGUACACUUCGAUAGCGACUGGCGACUCUCGCGAGAAUGUAUAGCCGAUAAUUUAUUACCUUGUAUAAGUCAAAUACGUAUAAACGUCUAUUGAUUUGGAACGAUAGAGAAAAGAUUUAAUAACGAUUAACGCUAGCGUUCGCACGCUUGUACUUCUAGACUGUUCUUUUUAAACAGAGAAAUUUCACUUUUUCUAUUGUAAAAUAGAUAAAUACACGUUUCUUACUAUUAUACAUUGUUUUAGACAGAAAGAAUAAGAUAAUAUAAUAAGAUGAUAUUUAUAAUACGCCUUAGUACUUAAGCAUUUAAACGACGAGUAAAAGUGGGAGCAGAUGCUACUCUCGAAACUGUGUGUUACGGUAUUAACAUGCUAAAUUUGUUAAUACGAUUAACGAUUUAAAAUGAAGUACGUGAGAUGUUGAUAUUGUUAUUGCCUCGUGCAUGUCCACUGACGAAUAAAUGUUACAUACAUUUGUA